CACUACCAUAAUCCUCGAUGUCAACUACAUACACCCAUACGCUCUGAAGAAGACCAGUUUCGACGAUGCGCCAGGCUAUAUCACCAUCUCUUACUGUUGGGAAGGACAAACUCCGGACCAUGCGAUAAUAUGCAACGGCCAAAGCUUCAGUGUUACUCAAAAUGUUGCAGCAAUAUUGCAUUACGUUGCCAAAUUCCUUCCUUCUCGGCACGUAUGGAUUGAUGCAGUUUGUAUCAAUCAGGCUGAUGUACCAGAGAAAAAUGUGCAAGUCCAACGGAUGGGCCAGAUCUACGAAAGAGCUAUGUCUACGGUAGCAUGGGUUGGUAGGGAAGAUGAAGACAUCUCCGCCAUGAUGCUAGAUUUGCCAAAUAUGCUGCAAAAAGCUCGAGAAUUUGUUGGCAAUCCAGCGAGCAAAGUGGUGACAUCUGGAUUUCCCGUCAGCCGUCCUCCCGGAUGGUUAGGGCUGUACAAGCUGUUCCUACGGCCUUGGUUCCGUCGGCUAUGGGUCGUCCAGGAAGCUGUUCUCUCAAGGGCAGUGUUACUUGUGUGCGGCGAAAGUGUGGUCAAUGCAGACUCCUUGCUGCCUUUGAUCGACGAACAAGGCCUAUACACGUCGCAGGUCUUGGUCCAGAUGAACCGCCCGUUGAUGCCGCCAAAAGACCUUUGGAAAGGCCUAGGCUGUUUUCGACUAGUAUGCACCUUGCGAAAACCACGACUAGAGGGCACAUUUGUCCCCCAGGGCUUACCGGAGCUGACAUCAAUGACGGAAGAUUUUCUAGCCUUUGACCCCCGUGAUAGGGUAUACAGUCUGCUUGGAAUCACCAAUUCUUUCUGGCGAGACCUGGUAUCCGUGUCAUAUCAGAUCCCGACUGAAACACUGUAUAUCGAUCUUGCAACGCUUUGGCUUGCGAACCGACCCCAUCUUCUCACCCUUAACCAAGCGUCUUCUCGACCACCAAUGCCCGACCUGCCAACCUGGUGUCCAAAUUUCAAUGAGGUGCCAGUUCCAGUCAGACUCGGAAUAGUCUAUAAAACAGCAGGCUACUCAGCUGGUGUACCCGAACGAAGAGACGAUUGGAUCCACUGGCAAUGGUCUCAGUUGCAGGAUGAAGAGCACUACACUAGUAGCAGCUCGUUAGCCCCAGAACCACGGAUCGUCAGCACUAGAUUGCCAGUAAAAGGUUUUCUGAUUGGAUAUGCUGAAAGCGUUGUACCCCCUGGGUGGCUUGUAAGCUAUGACAAUAAUCCAGACCGAAAGAUGAUAGCGGCGUCCUUGAAGUGGGAAAAGGAGUGCCUCAGAAUAUCUCAAUCGGUGUACAACCAACUUAACUCCAUACCGAUUGGUCAUGCACGUACCUUGGUUGCGAAUAAAACUCUAGCGUCACCUCCACACCGAAGGUAUACGGGUGAUAUCGUAGGAGGUUAUGAAGAAACGAUUGAGAGAUUCAGUAAUCAAGACUUAGAGGAUAACGAUCUGUCGGAAACGAUAUUGGAGUAUAUGCCAAGCCUCCAAAUUGCGUGCCUCGGGCGUGCGUUCUUUUCGACGUCAAGCGGGAGCGUUGGAAUAGGACCCGGUGACUUAAAAGUUGGGGAUAUGAUCUGUAUUUUCGAUGGCGGCGUUACACCGUUCAUCAUUCGUCCUAAGAGCGACGAUCCGAAUCUGUAUGAAUUUUUUGGAGAAGCAUACGUAGAUGGUAUCAUGUACGGCGAAGCACUGGAAACUGAGGAAGCAAAAAACGUAACCACAUUUACUUUGGUUUGAGGCAAACUUUACACACUGCCACAACAGAACCCUAUAGACAGCGAUCGACAAAUACCGAAGUCCCGGCAUAUCUCCCUCUCUUUUGCUUUAAUAUUUUCUACAAUCAAAAGCUCAGAUUCACUGCCU